AUGGCCUACGCUAAACCGUUUCCCCUUGCUGCACCCCAGCAAAAAGCCCCUGCCCAACCCGUCUUUGGACCCGACCUGGCGGUUCGGCUCAUCUGUCCAGAAUGCAGAGACCCGAAUCCCAAUAUCGUUGAAGAGUUUGGUAGUGGAGAUCUUGUCUGUGGCAAUUGCGGGCUAGUUUUAGGUGAUCGCAUUGUUGAUACGAGAAGCGAAUGGCGGACAUUCGCCAACGAUGAAGGUGAUGAUCCUUCUCGUGUUGGUGCCGCCUCGGAUCCGUUGAUGGAAGGAAUCGAGCAAUUGGACACCGUCAUCAGUUUCCGUGACGGUGGGUCCGGUAUAGCACGCGAACUCCAGCGCGCUUCGUCGCGGUCGGUAAACGCUCGCUCUGAGAGAAACAUCCUCGGUGCAUUCCGCGAUAUUUCCAGUUGGUGCGACCAAUUCUCCCUGCCCAAAACCAUCAGCGAUAUCGCCAAGCAGCUCUACAAACGUGCAGAUGAAGAAAAACUGCUUCGUGGGAAACCCAUGGAGUCCGUCAUCGCUGCGUGCAUCUUCAUUGCGUGCCGUCAGGCCCAUGUACCUCGUACGUUCCGCGAGAUAUGCAAUCUCACGCAUGUCCCAAAGAAGUUGCUGGGCCAAUGUUACAAAGCCCUCGAACAGGCCUUCAAUUUGUCCCCUGGUGCCACGAGCGCACAUUCGGCUUCAUCUCCUGGAGCAGGACCUGAAAACCUUCUAGUCCGUUACUGUAAUCACCUUGACUUGCCCCCUAAUGUGCAGGCCAUCUGUAGCGAUAUUAUUAUCGCUGCAAGGCAGCAUGGCAUUGCAGAUGGUCGGAGUCCAGUGUCAAUCGCUGGAGGGGCCAUCUAUUUCACGUGCAACUUGCUGGGCAUUAACAAGUCCGUCAGGGAUAUAAGCACUGUUGCAGGGGUCAGUGAGUCGACAAUCAAAUUGGUAUAUCGACUUUACUACGCGGAUAAGGAGAAGCUGGUGAAGAAGGCGUGGAUUGAUGAGGGCAAAGCCAGGCUCGAUCGUCUUCCUUUUGAUGCAACGAAGUAA